ACAGCGUGCUUGGCUAUGAGUCAACCUUUGUAUGUGCGAAUGGUAAAGUUGCUGGGAGGGGCUGAGAGGGUGCAGAAGUACACAGAGGGAGAAACAGAUAGGGAAGGCUAACCAGGUUGUCAGAUGGACACAGCAACACCUUGAGGCUCCUGUUGUCCCUCUCUGUUUGUUUCUCUGUGUUUGUUCACCUGCUAUGGAUCUACUGCAAACUGGGAGGGAAUUAAUUAUGAUCAUACUUGCAGCUGACUGAUACCUGCUUAUUGCCUUUAAAGUGGAUUUUCAAGACAAGGUGGACUCCUUCAGUAUGCUGAACCAUCCUCCCUGUCCCACAUACCGUUUGGUUUCCCUUCUGUCUUUGAUGUUUCUUUGGAACCAGGCAAUCUGCUCUCCUGGGGAAGGAAGGAGCAUCUGGCAGCGACCUAAAUCGAACCCCAUUAUUAAAGAGCAGCUUUUUCUUGAGGAGACGUUCCCCCAAGAUUUCCUGUGGGGCUCUGGAACAUCGGCCUUCCAAACUGAAGGAGCCUGGAACCAGGAUGGGAAAGGCGUCUCUAUUUGGGACUAUUUCACUCACUCCUCUGACAGUGAGACAGCAGAUGUGGCAAGUGACAGCUACAACUACUGGGAAGAAGACGUGGCAGCACUUGGAUACCUAGGUGUAAGAUCAUACUCAUUCUCCCUCUCCUGGCCCAGACUUUUCCCUGAUGGUAACGCCGCUGGAGAGCCAAAUGCAGCUGCUGUGGACCACUAUAGCCGCCUCAUGGAGAGGCUCCUGGAGAAGAAAGUCGAACCUAUUGUAACUCUCUAUCACUGGGACCUGCCGCAGGUGUUCCAGGAUCAAUAUGGAGGAUGGAAAAACGACACGUUAGUUGAACAUUUUAAGGAAUACGCAGAGUUUUGUUUCAAAACAUUUGGGAAACAUGUCAAAUAUUGGCUUACAAUCCACAACCCCUACUUAGUGGCUGUGCAGGGAUACGGGACAGGCCUGCAUGCUCCUGGAGAAAAAGGGGGGAUCUCUAGCGCUCUAACAGUAGCCCACAACCUGAUCAGGGCACACGCCAAAGCAUGGCAGACCUACAACACUCACUUCCGCCAAGCUCAGAACGGUAAAGUAUCCAUUGUUUUAGGUUCCCAUUGGGUUGAACCUCACAGGGGCCAGUACACAGCUACCAACGCUGCACUAUGUCAGCAGUCCAUGGAGGCCGUUCUUGGAUGGUUCGCCAAGCCCAUCUUUGGUGAUGGGGACUAUCCAGUCUCCCUGAAAACAAAACAUGCAGCCCUAAUGCCUAUAUUCACCCCAGAGGAGAAGCUGUGGGUGCAGAAAACAGCAGACUUUUUUGCUCUGUCGUUUGGGCCAAACAAUAUCCGUCUAGGCCAAAGCGUGAUACGCUAUGGGCAAAGCAUCACUGCAGACCUGAGACGCCUGCUGAGCUGGAUAACACUGGAAUAUGGAAACCUGAAGGUGCUUGUCGCGGAGGGAGGCUGGUUCUCCAACGCCAGUGUCGGAAGAGAAGAUACACUUGCCAUCUAUUCGAUGAAAAACUUUAUUCACCAAGUACUACAGGCUAUCAAGUUUGAUGGUGUACAGGUGUUUGGCUACUUAGCCUGGUCAUUGGUGGAUGGAUUUGAGUGGAAUUAUGGCUAUGGUGUAAGAAGAGGUCUUUUCUACAUUGACUUUAAACAGCGAAACAGAACAAGGGUCCCAAAGACAACAGCUCAAUACUUCAAGCAAAUUGUUGCAAGCAAUGGUUUUCCAAAUGAUGAAACCUCUCUGGAUGUUAAGGGCCAAUUCCCAUGCAAAUUUCACUGGGGAAUUGCAGGCUCUACACUGCAGGUCCAGUUUCACCCUUUUUCCCCGCAGUUUUCUGACCCACAUGUAUAUACCUGGAACUUGACAGGAGACGGUUCGCUGCGUCCAGUUCCCGGGUUGAAGCUGAACACCAGGCCAGCCCAGUGCACAGAUUAUCUGGCUAUCCGCAACCAUCUUCGCCUGUUAGCAUCCACCGGGGCAUCUCAUUACAGCUUCGCUCUUAACUGGUCUCUGAUUUUACCCGAUGGAGGUCGCUCGAAUGUAAACACUGAAGCACUGAGGUACUAUCGCUGUGUGCUGACAGAGCUCAAGAGGCUAAACAUGGAAGCAAUGGUCAUCUUGUACUACCCGUCACACAGAGCUCCAAACCUGGGUUUGCCAGGGCCGCUGCAUGAUUCUGGGGGUUGGAUAAAUAACGCCACAAUAGAAGCAUUUCUAGAAUAUGCAGCACUUUGCUACCAGGAACUGGGUUCCUGGGUUCAAUAUUGGAUCACCAUAAAUGAGCCAAACAGACUUAUAGAUGUUUAUUCCAACGUCACACAGAGGCACCAAGCAGCUCAUAACUUGCUUCUAGCCCAUGCCAAAGCCUGGAGGUUACAUGAGAGGGAGUUUUCUGCUGAGCAGAAAGCGCUGGUGUCUCUCGCUCUACAUGCUGACUGGGCUAAGCCGGCUAACCCUUUCCUGGAGUCACAUACGGUGGCAGCAGAAAGAUUUCUUUUGUUUGAGAUUGGACGCUUCUUGGAUCCACUGCUCGGGACAAAAGAUGAAGAGACGAAGGGGAAAUACCCCCAUGAAAUGAAGGUAUACCUAGAAGAAAGAGCAAGGGUGUCUGGCCUUCCCGGAUCGCCUCUUCCUCAUUUUACUGAGAAUGAAAGACAUGAACUUAAGGGGGCAUUGAGUUUUAUUGCCCUGAAUCAUUUCACAACACGUUUAGUUGCUCCAAAUCCUCACACACAACAACCCCCCCAGAAGGAAUCAGCACCUGAUCAUGACUGUGUGAUUCUCUCAGACUCCACCUGGCCUACCUCCAGCAGAGGUCAGGCUCUGGUACCCUGGGGCUUAAGAAAGAUGCUGAAAUGGGUGAAUCAAAGGUAUGGUACAGCUUUGCCUGUCAUCGUCACAGCCAGUGGGAUUGAUGACCAAGCUUCUGUUGAGGAUAAACUCAGGCAGUAUUAUCUCCAGAACUAUGUCCACGAGGCCCUCAAAGCUUAUCAUCUUGAUGGUGUAAACUUGCAAGGCUUCUAUGUGUUGAGGCUUCAAGAUCGUCAUGACCCUGAGUUUGGUCUCUUCACUUCAACUCAUCACCAAUCCAAAGCCAAGAACUCUGUUGCUUUGUACAGAGAAAUCAUAGCUAACAGGGGUUCUCCUAACAAUAGCACAACCCAGACAUGCAGACCCACUGAGCAGCAGGAAAUAUGUCAGAUGUGUGAGUGGAUGUUCAACAACAAACCGAUGCUGGUUUUUUGGGGCUGCCUCCUUAUAACAUUUACCAUGCUAGCUGCAUUGGCCGUUUUUGUUGUCAUUAAUAAGAGAAAUCAAAGAUAUGACAGAGGGAAGAGGAAGAGGAGAGGGAACCAAAAGAGAAAAAAAAAAGCAACAGCAUAUGGUUUAUGUCCUGCUGUCAGGUACUAACAGUAGUAAGGACUGAAUUGUUAACAUGUGGAAGAAAAAAGGCAAAAUAAAAUGCAUGUUUCUCUCUUUAGUUUUCUUUCAGUGACAAAUGAGUUUACAGACAAUAUAUGUCACAAAAAUGUCAUAAUAAAUGGUCUUAAAAGGAGGUAAAACAACCCUCUCUUAACAUUUUGCAUUUAGUCAGUUUGAAUGAGGUAGCAGGACAAUGUUUUUUAUUUUUUUAUUUCAGUAAAAUGAAAAUAUAAAGUGUAUUUGCAGUAUAGCAAAAAAAUUAAUAAAUAAAUCAAACUGUUUGUAGAAGCACCUUCAAAUCCUAUUUUAGGUGCAGGUAUAAUAUCUAUGAAACUCUGGAAACUGAACUUUUUUUUUUUUUCUUUGGAAAACAUAGCUGAAUUUUGCCAGGCUGUAUGAAGAGCACUUGUCAGUAACCGUUUUGCAUGUUCUGCUACACAUACUCUGUUGGACUUGGUUUAUGACUGUGCUAAUGCAAUGCAUGAAUGUGCUACCCUAAACCAUUAAUGAACCUGUAGGCUGUGGUCUUUCUUCCAGGUGAAACUUUGCCCUGUUUCAAGUCUUUUGUAGCCUUUAAGAGGAUUCACUUCAGGAUUUCCUUGUAUUUAGGUUUAGGUUUAUCCAUCACCCACUUAAACCCGCUCAGCUUUUCUGCCCCUGCUGAAGGGAGGCACCCUCACAGCAUGAUGCUGCCAACACUGUGUUUCACUAUGAAGAUGUGAAUGUUUGUUGGUGUAUGUCAUAUAUCAACAUCAAAAACAAAACAAAAAUCAUCCAUAUGAUAUCUUGAUAUCAGGUUUUAAAACUAUUCCCUAUGUUCUUGAAAUAUUUCAGUCUAUGUCUUGUGUUCUUAAAAUAUUUCAGACUAAGCUCAAAUGUGCAAAACCACAAAUCAUAGAUUACACCAUUUAAGGUGUAAACAAAGAUAAUACAAGUGUAAAAAUGUUCAUAGAAACUAAGUACUCAGCAUAUAACAGCAACAACGUUAAUGAUAUUAAUUAUCAACUCAAAGUUUAUUGAAAGUAUAGUUGAAAGUUGGUUUCAAAGGUAAAGAUGACCUUAAGUACAAACAAAACUUAACAAAAAUGUAAUAAGUGAAUUUACCACAAUGUUGUUUUUGUGUUACUCUGAUAAAGUCUAUGUUUAAUUGUGUGUUGCUGUAGUUUUUAUAAGAACAAGCCUGAUUUCCAAGGCAUUUCCUACACUGUCUAAACUCAUUCAAUGGAACAACAGUGCCCCCUGGUGUCAGUACUCGAUUCUGAGGUCAACAGAAAUCAGUUUCUUUUAAAAAUAUGAAAAUUAAAUGCUAGACCACUGCACCUUAUUUGAAGGACUAAAUCUAACUGUACCAAUAGGCAGUAGUACUUUAUUGAGUAUGUAAGAAGGACACGGUCCUGUUUUGUUCAUUAUUGUUUAUUUUUUUAAUAGGAUCUUGAAAGGUUGAGUGCUGCUAAAAAAUUUGAAUUAUCAAAAAUAUGUAACGAAAAUAAUUUUUUUUAUUUCAAUAUAAUGAAUGAGGAUGGCUGUGUAGCUAAAGAAAAAAGAUAACUCAAAACUUGUGUUUUUUUGUUAAUUGUGGUAAGUUAUUGGACCUUAUUUAUUUUAAUUAAUGAUUAAUAAAAAUAAAAACUUGACAAAAUGUCUGUUUGUUUAUAUUCAUAUAAAAGUAUUUAAACUGUGAACAUAUUCAUCAUUUUUAUUACUAUGUAAUCAAAUUUAGAGCGUUAUUUAUUAGUGUUGCACCGAUGCCAUUUUUUGGGCCCGAUGCCGAUACCUGGCUGUGCAUUAUCGGCCCAUACCAAUGCCAUACUGAUGCCAUCUGAAAUUAAUGUGUGUGUGUAUAUAUAUGAAGAACUGCAUACUACUUGGAUGUAAAACAAUUGCCAUCAUGGCUUUGUCAAGCUGCUGCCUACCUUUGUGAAGCAGGAAAAAGACUAACACAAAGUGAAUCCAUUAGAACUUUUUAUUGCCUACCUGGAAUGGGUGACAAUAGUUGAAUAAACUUCUGGCCCUCAAAAUGCUUUCGGUGACCUAUUUGUCGGUACCCGCCUAAAAAAACUGAAUACAUAUGGUGACUUAAAUUCCAAUAAAAA